AUGAAGCUCGUUUGGUCGCCGGAGAUGGCAGCAAAAGCUUUCAUGGAUACCGUUAAAUCUUGUAAGCUUUACCAAGGAUCAAGUGCGGCGGAGCUGAUAUCGGCGAUGGCCGCCGGUUGGAACGCUAAACUCAUCGUCGAAACGUGGUCUCACGGCGGCGUAAUUGCAACAAGUAUUGGAUUGGCGGUGGCGUCCACCCACACAGGCGGCAGACAUGUUUGUAUAGUUCCCGAUGAGGAUUCGAGAUCGGAGUACUCCGCCGCCAUGGCGAAAGCUGGUUUGUCGCCGGAAGUUAUGGUUGGAGAACCGGCGGCGGUGGUUAUGGGGUUGGAAGUUAUUGAUUUCUUGGUGGUGGAUUCAAGAAAAAACGACUUUGUUCAGAUCUUAAGGGCGGCGAAAUUCGGCCACCGUGGGGCGGUGCUUGUCUGCAAGAACGCGAAUUCCCGGGCGACGGCGGAGUUCCGGUGGCGGAGUUUGUUUGAGGGCGGAUCACGGCGGAUUGUGAGAUCGGUGUUUCUGCCGGUGGGAAGGGGGUUGGAUAUUGGACACGUGGCUGCGGGUGAAACCGGGUCGGGUUCAAGUAAAGUGCAAACGAGCAGGUGGAUUAAACGGGUGGAUAGAGAAUCCGGGGAAGAGUUUCUGAUCCGAAAAUAAGAAAAGAAAUA